GAAGGUAGACAUGUAGAGUAGAAGGUUCAGUGCCUUCUCGGCAGUUCCCCAGGGCAGGUGUUGCGCGCCUACUCUGUUUGAGACACUCUGAGAGAUAUUCAUUUUAAACACGUUUUUGCGCGAGUGUUAUUUGAGAAACCGACUGUUAAAGUGUCGCUUUUUUAUAUUGGCCCAUAACAUGAACCCAAGUUCCUCUGCUGGGAAAUAAACGUUGUCUUUGCUGAGAGAAACAUUACCAAGACACCGUUUUCAACGACCAAUUUCUGUGGUGACGUUUCGUCAGCCAUUGCUGAAAAGACAUAAAAUGGAUAAUCCAGCAUUUGACAACACAGAGAAAUCUGCUAGCUACCAGACGAGUUUGCCACCAAGGAAAGAUGGUAGGCCUAGCUCAGAGCCACAAAAUGUCGAUUCUCAAGGCACCACAGUGACAUCCAAGAAAGUUCUGACGCAACCAGACACCUCCACACCCUUGGUGGGCCUGAAGAAGGAAUUAAGCCUCUGGAAUGGAGUUGGAAUCAUAAUCGGAAUCAUUAUUGGUUCUGGGAUCUUCGUGUCGCCUGGGAAUGUGCUCAGAAAUACCGGGAGCGUCGGCAUGUCUCUGAUCGUGUGGGUGGGAACUGGUUUAAUGAGCAUCGUUGGUGCUCUGUGCUAUGCCGAGCUAGGAACGAUGAUUCCGAAGAGCGGCGGAGCCUACGCCUACGUCCUGGAAGCCUUCGGUCCAGUACCAGCAUUCCUGAUCCUCUGGAUCCACAUAACGAUCCAGAGACCCAGUGCCAGGUCGAUCAACGCCCUGACCUUCGCUACGUACCUCCUCCAGCCUACUUUCCCGAGCUGCAUGGUGCCGCCCUACGCCGCCGUUAGGCUGAUAGCUGCUGCUUUGCUGUUCAUCAUAACCUACAUCAACUGCGCAGGAAUCAAGUUCGGAACUAGGGUCCAGGAUUCCUUCGCCGUCCUGAAAAUAGCGUCCUUGGUGGUCAUAGUCGUCGCGGGAUUCUAUCAUCUGGCUACAGGACACACUGAAAACCUGCAGGAUCUGAUGGCAGGGACUGUGGACAGUCCUUCGUCGAUUGCGACUGCUCUUUACUCGACGCUCUUCGCCUACAGCGGAUGGAACAGCUUAAACGGACUGACCGAGGAAUUAAAGGACCCGUUCAGGAACUUUCCAAAGGCCAUUGCAAUCUCUCUGGGGACUGUCAUCAUCAUAUACACACUGACAAACAUCGCCUACUUCGUCGUGUUGACUCCUGAGGAGAUUCUGGCCUCCAGCGCCGUGGCUGUGACCUUCGGCAGUAGGAUGCUGGGUUUCCUAGGGUGGAUCAUCUCCCUCUUCGUGGCCUGCUCCACCUUCGGGAACUGCAAUGGCAAUGUCAUCACCCAGUCACGUCUCCACUUCGCAGGAGCCCGAGAAGGGCAGCUCCCGUCGUGUCUGACUCUGGUCAAUGUGAAGAGGUUUACCCCCAUCCCUGCCAUUAUCAGCGUGGACAUAAUUCCUCUCAUUAUGCUGCUCGUGCCGGAAAUGAGUUCUCUACUGGCCUACACAUCUUUCACCAGGAACCUGACGGACUUCCUGUGCGUCCUGGCUCUCCUGUGGCUCAGGUACAAGGAGCCAGAUCGACAUAGGCCUAUCAAGGUGUGGUUGGGUUUCCCAAUCUUAUUCCUAGGCCUAACGAUCUUCGUGGCCUUGUUUCCGGUCAUUCAGAGGCCUAUAGAAAUCGGUGUGGCCACCGGGGUGUUUCUCUGUGGCCUCAUCGUGUACUACUUGACCCAGCAUCUCAAGUUUAAGGUCGUCAAUGACGCCAUGGAUAAACUGACCUAUUUGUGCCAGAUUCUUCUUGUAAGUGUACAAGCAGAGAAAAUAGAUUAGGUUCUUCCUUACUUUUAUAAGUACUUUCUAGUUUGAUAAGUCUCCGAAUAAUAUUACUUCAUAAAAGUCCUGUUAUGAUUUCACAAGCCUCUGGAUAAUAUUAAGAAACAUUUUUCCCUGUGAUAAUUUGUCAGGUAAGCUAUGAGACGUAACGUUACAACCGUGAUCAUAAACUAAGACUGUUUUAUCAUUAUAUGCUUAAUGUAUUUAGGUUGUAAAUAUCAUUGUUUUUAAUGACAUACUCUGUAAAAAGUAAAAUGCAAUGCAGUACCAGUAUUGUUUUAGUAUGAAAAGUGUGUAGCAUCAAGUUGGACUUAACGACCAAGCAAGAUAUGAACAGCCAAUUGUAAGUAGAAGAGCGUCUCUAGUAAUUCACUACUUACUGCUAUAAGUAUGUUAUGUUAAUAUUAAGUAGUAGAUUCUUAAGUAAAUAAUUUCCUGUGAUAUAUUGUAAAGUAACCUAUAAGACUAUAGACCUAACAGACUCUGCAUAGGCCUAACAGAUGAGUAUUGUUGAAAUGUAAUUUGAUGAAUAAAUAACUAUUUUAACAUGGAAAAAAUA